CGGCCGAACGGUUGGACGACGAGGACAGCUACGUGGUCCCCACCGUGGCAAUUGACGCGUCCGAGGAAGUGAUGGAAGGAUGGCACAAUGUGCUUGAAUGUCCUAUAAGCGAGCGAGCGAGCUUCUAUAUUAAACUGACUCCGGUCGCGGGUCGCUUCGGUUUCUCUGUCGUUCAGUCGCUCGGCUGUCUCCGGACGGCCGGAUCCGUUCGUUUUCUUUCCUUUUUUUUCCCCCUCCCCCCUCCCCCGAAGCCGAGAGAGGCCCGAGGAGGUCGAACCGUGGCUCGAUCGGUAUCGAUCGGUGGCCCCCGCGCUCUCUCGCUCGUGAAUCGAUCGUGGGUACGGACGAUGAGCGGUCGUCGAUCGUGCGGCACGCGAUCUCCUUGAAGGAAGGCGAAGGAAAGGAGGAAGCGAUCGGAGAGGUGGACGAGGAACGAAUGCUCGAUCGGCCAUCGACGAGCCGAAGGAGGACGAACCAGGACUCGAGGAGGGAUUCCUGGCGAUCGACUCGCCGCGUCAGCAAGCGGUCCGCGGAGUGCGCGCGCCCAGGUGCGUUUGACGUAGGACGUAGGCAGGAAAGCAGGGAUUUGCACGGGAAGCUCGGACAAAUUGGCACAUUGCUCGAUGAUGCUGAAGGGUGAAAUAUUGCUGCUUCUUCACGUAUUCUGCGAUAUCGCAUUGGCAGCACAAUGCGGAAAAGUAUGGCUGACAGUCUCCUCGCUGUGGAGACCGAUCGCUGCCAGCGACAAGGUGGUCGACGCUGAGCUCGAAGUAAAUUGGGACCUCGAUUGUCCAUCGAGUACAGGAUACCCAGAUACCAUCAAGGUGUUCACUGCUGACCCAGCACAUAAUAAAACGGUCAAGCCCAAGCUGACUUUGACUUCGCUGCAAUACCCACGGGGUUACUAUCGUACGAACAUCACGGUCGGACGUCCACCGCUUCCGGGUGGAUGGGACACCAAGGAUGGCGCCACGCUUCCGGGUCCCCAUUGCCUGAAACACCACGCCGCCCUUUACAAGGAUGGGAUCAUCCUUACCAGCUCCUGUUUGCAGAUCUGGCCAACGUGGAUGUACGACUUGAGGAGACAAUUGGGAAGACUUCCGAUAGGGAGUUUAAUGAUCCCGGGCACGCAUAAUUCCGGAUGCUACAAGCACGGCGACCUGACGAGACGGGACGCGUUCCAAAGGUACCUGUUGACGCAGGACCGCGACGUGUGGACGCAAUUAGUGCACGGCAUAAGGUAUCUCGACAUCAGAGUCGGUUAUUAUCCGUCAAUUCCCAACGGCACGGCCAUCGAGGAGGGCAAUCACAUAAGCAGAUUCUGGAUCAAUCAUGAUGUCAUCCGGAUCACCCCCCUCUCGGCUGUCAUCAAAGACGUGAGAAACUUUCUGAACGUCGCUAGGGGAGAGGUGGUCAUCAUGGACUUUCAUAGAUUUCCCGUGGGAUUCGAGGAUAGACCUAGCAGGCAUCGUCGAUUGGCAAUGAUCCUUUUACGAGAAUUCGAAGGACUGAUUCUGAAACCAGAUAGAGGGGUCGAAGGUCUGGGUCCGACGUUAAACGAUAUUUGGACCGGGGGGAAACGCUUGAUAAUUUGCUACGGUGAUAAGCAUACCGUUAAUGAAUACGAUUGGCUUUGGCCAACGAUGUCUCAAGCCUGGGGUAACCAACAGACGGUGGAAGGACUGUUCAAAUAUCUGGACAAAGUCAUCAUGGGCCCGAAAAAGUCUCGGAACAGUCAGAAUCCGUUGUGGGCGGUGAUGGCGGAGUUAACACCUUAUCCGUUGGACAUAAUCUUCAAUUUAUCCGGCGGGUUGCGGCAGAUGGCCGACUCGGUGAACAGGAAUCUCACGUACAAGUUCCAGGAGGAAUGGUGGAAGGAGACGAACAUCGUCGCGACGGAUUUCUUCCUUGGAAAUAAUCUGAUCGACGUGUCGAUACAGUCCAACAUAAAGAAGAGUAACAUCGCCCAGUGGCGUUUGUAACGUGACAUUAAAUAUCGCAUAAUCAACCAAAGAUUUCGCUUUAAUUAGCUAACUUUGCCGAUGGGAGAAAAUCGUGGUGUGGAUCGUUUGAACUUUGCCGAACUUUUUUUUUCUAGGAACGAAAUAUUUACGAAAUGCUUAUGAGAAGUUCGGGGGGAAUAAAAUUGACAAUAAUUAUUUUC